AUGGCACCAAAAGGAGUAGCAGGAAAGAAUCUUCCUAAGACAAGGGAUGAAUUAAAACAUGAAAAAGCUGUUGAUUUGACGUUAAUUAAAUUAGAUGAUCAUAUCUAUUGUUCAGAGCCAAAUGCAGAUGCUUUCUAUGAAGCAAAAAUUAUUAAUAUUAAUCUUGAUGACCGUAAAAAGAAAUAUAAAGUUCAUUUUCACGGUUGGAAUAAUCGUUAUGAUAGGUUUUUUUCUGAUGUUGAAGCAAAAAAAUGUUUUAUUACAAAAUCAGAUGGAAAUAUAUCAGACAGUCGUACUAUUACACCGAGUAGUGAUAAUGGUGGAGGUUCUGUUGAACCUAUGCCUAAAGGGCGAUUAUCUAACAAACGUGUUUCAAGUAAAGUUUCGGAAUCUAGUAAGCCAACUGAUUCUUUUUUACAUCUUGAAAAAUAUGGUGUCAGUGAUGAUGCUAUAAGUUUAUUAAAUGAAGAUUAUACAGAAAUUAAAAAUGGUAAAAAUCUCAUGCCGGGUAGUGAGUAUAAAACAUUAAAUUGGAUUAUUUUAAAAUAUAUGACUUUUUAUAAUAAACAUUUUGGUUUCAUUGAAGAUGACGCUGACUACCGGUCAUUUCUUGUACAUCACAAAAGUGAAUAUGAAAAACUUUUAGUUGAUGGAAUGUCUUUUUUUGAAUCAUUUGGACCUAAACUUAGUCUUAAAACGGAUAAAGAAAAAGAUAUGUGGUCAACUUAUCAACAAAAAAAUCCAGAAAAAUGUUUUGUUGAAUAUGCUGGUCCUUUUCAUGCAUUACGUAUAAUUGACGAAAUUUGUAAACUUGAUAAAAAUGACCCAGUGGCUAAAUGUUUUAUUAAUGAUAUUCAUUCAAAUUUUAUCGGUUCUUUUGCUAAUUUUGUAUCACUUCACAUUGAUGCAUUUCGAAAAACUAACAUGGGUGAUUACAGUUUCUAA